ACAUCUUGGCUAAAGCUAGAAAUCCAUUUGUUAGGUUGUGAUUGCAGCUUCGUUUGCGGUGCAGGGCAUUUUAAUCAAUAUAACUUUUUUAUACAAGACUGAUUCCAUUAGUGCGGUUCGGUUGCAUUGCGUCUCCAUAACUGCAUGCGAUUAUUUAAAUCACUCCAUGGAACGAUUCAUCCGUUUUGAUCUCAGCCCACCAUGCGGUGUGGAGAAUCCAUGCGAAAAGGCCUUUAAAAAUGCAUGUGUAUGUGUUUACUUAAAACACACUGUAAACGGAAACGCAAACAAAGCUGGAACCGCAACCGAACCAAUGGAUUCUCAGCUUUAGGGAAGUGUCUGCUAAUUAACAAACGUUUUAAUAACCCCGAUCAUAUAUUCUUUCCUUUAUUAUUAUAGAGUAUUCUAAAAUUUCUGUUGUUGAAUUUUCAGAACUUUUAUAGUGAAUAUUAUAGUGAAUUAUUGAUAUUUUUGUAGUAUCACUGCCCAUUAUAAGUACAUAUAUGUAUAUCAGCUCAUUUUUAAUUUGUUUGAAACCAUGAAUUUUAGCUUAAGUACCUAUAUUCUGUCAUAAUUGUACAUUUAUCAUUAUCAUUAUUAUCACAUAUUUUCUAUUAUUUUCUGUACCCAGUAUACAAUAUUAUUUACUGAUAUCUACUAGCCACUCAUCAUAGCUUUAAUCAAGUUCAUACCUCAAGUUACCCUUACAAGAGGACGUUUUGUAAAAAUCCAAUAAAUUUAUAGGUGUUUUACAAAAGCAUACUUAUCGUAGCAUAAUGAGAAGAAAGCGUAUAUUUUUCUGUGUUGUGUGCUUCAGUUUUACAGUUAGUCUUGGCCUGCUUCGUUUAAUAUUCGGACCAUUGUUAUUUUUAAGCCAAGUAGCACCACCAAGGGUAAAUGGGAAUGUUUAUGAAGUAUCUAGGCCUUUGUCUACAAAUACAAAUCAAACAAAUUCCAAGCUUCGGUUACCGCACGACUUCAAACUAGUGAUAAACAAUCCAGAGACAUGUCGAUACAAUAAUGGCACCGAAAAAGAUGUGUAUUUGCUGGUGCUUGUUCUUACAAUGCACAAGAACAAAAAUCAACGUCAAGUGAUACGUAACACGUGGUCAAGCCCGAAAGAAAUCGAAGGCAAAAAGAUCGUCACUAUGUUCUUACUCGGAAAUAUAUCUGAUCAAACAUUAGUCAAUUUGGUGAGGAAGGAAAAUGAAAUACACAGUGAUAUUUUAAUGGAAGACUUUAAAGAUACAUAUGCAAAUUUGACUUUGAAAACCAUUAUGGGUAUGAAAUGGGCAACAAUGUUUUGUCCACAGGCAAAAUAUGUGAUGAAGACAGACGAUGAUAUGUUUGUUCAUUAUGGAAACAUCAUCAAGUACCUAAAUUCACUUUCUCGUGAAAUGCAGACAAAGUUAGCUGUCGGCAAGUUGAUGAAGAGUGGACCAAUCAGAAACAAGAAAAGUAAAUGGUACAUGCCAAAAGAAUGGUAUCCUAAGAACAAGUAUCCGCCAUUUUUAUCCGGGACUGGAUAUAUAGUGUCAGCUGAUGUUGCUCGAGAUACAUACAUACAAUCCCAGAAUGCAACAUUCCUCUACUUGGAGGAUGUUUUCUGUGCAACUGUGUGGGAGCAAUUAGGGAUUGUGCCCAGGAACAUGAUAGAAUUCCACAAUACUAGGAUACCAUAUUCUAUAUGCCGGUAUAAAAAAAUUAUUACAUCACAUCAACUAUCCUUAACACAACUCAGCAUGAUUUGGAAAGAUUUAAAAGUUAAUAAAGCUAAAUGCUAAUUGUUGUUUUUAGUGAUAUUUUAAUGUCAUAAGGAUUUAUUAUUAAUUUUAUUGUCAAUCUAUAAUAUGGCCAAAACAAAAAUAAGUGUCUUGCCGUGGUACAGUGACAGUUGGAGAUAAGGGUCGUUGAGACUUUUUUGAAUACAAGUACAUAUAUUGAAUUAAGCUGGAAAAUCUUAUAUAUUUAUUAUAUAUAUUUUUGCAAAAAAUCCGACCAAGCGUACUAACUUGGCAAAGCGGUCUUUUAAAUGGAUCAAACACUAAUUGAAUUUAAAAAUAGUACAUUAAGCGACAAUUAAAAUUUGCUGUAUGUCGAUUAUCUAAACAAAAUAUUGAUUCUUAUUUAAAACAAUUUGACACUGCUACUAAAAUCGCAAGUGAUUCAGGUGGGAAUCAAACCCACUACCUCCAGAUAGCUAGCCUGGUGCCAUAACCACUAGACUACCGAGCUUGCACUUAGUGAUUGGUGUUGAAUCCGAUCCCCGAGUAAGCAGCGGGUACUGCAAAUGCCAUUUGCAUCAGGAAAGUAUCAUAGGAGUGAUGCUUGCCUAAUACCUUGCAUAUUAUCGUACCGAAUACCCAGGACGUCCCCAAAUACUUGAGAAAAAAAAAUCGCCAGUGAUUCCGGUGGAAGAGGAACCCACGACCUCCAGAUAACUAGCCUGGCGCCAUAACCAUUAAACUAGACGCAAGUAUUUGGGAACAUAUACGGAACGAUGACAUGUCAGGUAGGACAAAACAUCACUCCUAACCUCGAAAAUAUCAGUAAGCUCAUUCCAUUACUUGAUUUGAUAAAUUUUUCCUAUCAUACUGUAUCUACAGUACCAACCAGGUGUAUGUCUUGAACUAUGGUAAGCUUGGUUUCCAUACAAUUGCUACACUGUUGCUACAGUGUUUUCAGUGCAAUCGUUGUUCCAUGGAGGAAAGCUGUUUUUUCCUCCAUGGUUGUACUGUGUAGCGACAGUCCCCGACGCAAUUGGAAAGGUUGUCUCGACCAACCAAUCAGUAUCACCGAAAGCUGUCAGCCAUAGCGUGUAGCGAUUGCAUGGAAACCAAGCUUUAAACAUUUAAUUUUUUUUUUGCAUUCACUACAGUACUGUGGCCAGUAUUUUCAAAAUCUCUAAUUAUUCUACGUGCAUCUUUUGAAAUUGAUAUGCUAUUUUGUAGCUCAGCUUGUUUACUUUUGUUUAUUGUUUAUGUUUUAUUGUAUGUUAAGUAAUGUAUAUAUGUUUUGUGAGUGUUUUCUAUUACAUUAUUAUUCAAUGUUAAUGCUAGUAGGCCUAUAUGUAAUGACACAAGCCAAAUGACGGUUUUCUGUUAUAUUUUUUGAACCCUCUUUUGUCUUCUCACUCUGCUAUCUUUAGAGAUUUGUGUAUAAUAGGCCUAACAUAAAAGUAAAUAAAAUGACUAGAUUGAAAUUUAUUUACAAACAAUUGCUGCCACGGAUCCAGCACAGCGAGGGAUUUGUAAUUUUGAAAAAAAGGUUGAGGGUCGAAUAGCAAAAAUUAUGAAAAUACUUUAUGUGAUACUUUAUGGAAAUUAUAGAAAACGGGUUUUAUUUAAUUUUUGAAAUUCUAUGUAAAUAACUUAAUCAGCUAUUUUGAAUGUAAUUUUUAAAAAACUAUUGAUGCAAUCUUUAAUGUAUUCAUUCAUCCUGUUAUGUUAUUGGUGUUUGCGUUGUUAAAAGAGAUGAAACACAAAUAAAUAAAUAAAUUUUGUUUAAGUAAGGCCUAA